UGGUUGGUCUUGCGAGGUUGUGAUGAAGACUGAAAGCUGCACGCACCCAGCAGAACAAACUUGUGUUCAGAAGCUGGAUGCUGAGAUCAGUGGAGCCAGUUUCAUAAAUCAGCACUCCGCCGAACACAUUAUGUGCACAGUGGACUGAAAGCAAAGUGAACUAAGCGAGCGAGAGAAAACCCGGUUAGUCUGGAUAAUGAAAAAACAGAGACAGGUACUGAUAUCUUCGAGGCGUUCCUGUUUCUAAGGCAGAGGACAGAACAAAAUCUAGCCCUGUGCUGCAGUUUUCGACGAAGACCAGUUCUCAAAGUGAAGCUUAAAGUCCAACUGUGCAAACCGGAGGAAAGUAACCCUGCCAGCUGCAGACACGACUUUCCAACAACAAAGAAACCAAAGGAAAAUGGGACAGAGAGGUAUUUCGAGCAAGACUCGCUGGAACUUUUAUGCUGUAUUUCUGCCGCUCAGCAUGGGGCUUUUUGCCUGGUGUGUUGCGAUGGAAGUGGAGGAAUCCAGUUGGCAAGCGGACAGCCGCUUUUAUAUUAAGCCACCGCACUGCGUGGAUAUUCCUUUUGCCUUGAGACUUUGCAACAACGUAGGUUAUCACAAAAUGAGCUUGCCCAACUUGCUCGACCACGAGACCAUGGAGGAGGUGCAGCAACAGGCGAGCAGCUGGGUGCCACUGCUGAACAAGAACUGUCAUCCCAACACCCAGCUCUUCCUCUGCUCACUGUAUGCUCCCAUCUGCCUGGACAGACCCAUCUACCCGUGCCGCUCACUCUGCAUGGCAGUGCGAGACGCCUGCACACCUGUCAUGGAGUUCUUUGGCUUCCCUUGGCCGGACAUGUUGAAGUGCGACAAGUUCCCACUGGACAAUGACCUGUGCAUCGUCUUUCCCAACCCGAAUGCCACCCUGUCGACCAGCUCGCAAGCAGCAUCAGAAGUGUGUCCACCAUGUGACAAUGAGAUGAAUACAGACAUUAUUCUGGAUCACCUCUGUGCAAGUGAAUUUGCUCUCAAAAUGAAGAUCAAAGAAGUGAAGAAGGAGAAUGGAGAUCGGAAAAUCAUACCACAGAAAAAGAAAAAGCCUCUGAAACUGGGACCACUCAAGAAAAAGGACCUGAAGAAGCUGACCUUGUACAUUAAGAAUGGGGCAGACUGCCCUUGCCACCAGCUAGACAAUCUCAACAGUAACUUCCUCAUUAUGGGUCGGAAGGUGAACAAACAGAACCUCCUGACAGUUAUUCACAGGUGGGACAAAAAGAGCAAGGAAAUCAAAAAAGCUGUGAAGAAAAUGAAGACUCAUGUCUGUCCCACAUUCCAGGGUGUCUUCAAAUGAUGUUCUUCCUUGUCUUUAAUCAAUCAACAGCGGUUGAACUUGCACAUGCAUUUUUAAUGGAAACAUUACUGAUUCUUUUUUCCAUAAAAUAGGAUGUCCCUUUUGAACCAUGAUUUUCCUCUUUUAUUUAGAUCCUGUGUGUAAUGAAAAUCAUUUUUUACUUAUUUCUGUUUAUCAGUAUAAUAGCAUAGACUAUUAAGCCAGAGAAAGGGAAAGAAAUUUUCAAGGGAGAUAUUUGGAUAAAAUCUAUGUUUUUUUCUGCUAAUUAAAUAGCAUCCAACAAUGUUCAGACAGAUAGAAAGGGCAUCACCACCAGUUGUCUCUCUCUAUAAUCCUCUGAGACUGUGGUGACUUUGCCUUUGCCUUUAAGAAGGAAGUCACUACUAAGGCCCUUCAAAGGUGUGAGUGGAUUGAAUUUAAAUUUAAAAUCUGGAAUCUCACAGAAACUCUUUAGCCUUUAUGACCCCACAUCUCUGAUUUUCAAAUGAUCUUUGAAGAACCACAUGAGGAGAAAAAAACUGAGUACUGUAUUCAGUGAGCACUUGGUCAGAUUAUAUGCGUGAUUGGUUAUCCUGGAAAUUUCAGGUCUGCUGAAAGUUGGGGGUACACACAAAUUUGCCAAAAAAACCACUUGGCUUUUGCCCAAAUUGCUGACCUGUAAAUGCUCAAUGUUGCAGAUUACAAUUAACAUCUGACCAUCACUUUCUCCUUCAAUAUAAUUGCAAGAUAAAAACUUCUUAAAAGACUCAUCAAACACAAUGUGGUAUUGAACUUGAACUAUUUCCAAAGACUCCCAUCUCCUUCUGGCACUGCAGCUUUACAGACUGACAGCUUUGAACAGCUCGAAUGUUCACUUAGAAUUAACAAGUAAUUUGGAAAAAACGAACCUUGUGUAAUGGACAAAUUAGGAAAAGGUUCAGUGAGAACUAAGUUUUGUUCUUUGUAGAUUUGAGGACAUAUGUUAGGAAGGUUUUCAGUUACAAGCUUUUUUAAGUAGAGCUUCAUUGCUGUUGGUGUUUGCUACAUGACGAAUUUUAUACUGGAACAAUAGUUUGUAAAUUACACUCAAAUAUCAGCAGCUUUUUCAUUUCCUAUGUUUAGUCUUCUGUGCAUUUAUAAUCAUUUAUGAUUCCUGUUACAGAUUUACCUGCUCUCAGUAAAGCAAUGGUACGACGGUGUUUCUGUAUCAAACGGAUUUAUUUUCAUCUGUUUAAAUUUGUUAUCUUAAAGUUUACUUAAAGUUCUGAAAAUUAUGACUAUAGACACACAGCUUAAAGAUGUACAUGUGUCCUGUUUUCGAUCUACGUGCACUGUGAACAUAGCUUUCUGCUGUGGCAAAGUAUCUGGAGAAGUAUUGCCUUCACUUGAUUUUAUUUCACUUAUUUCAAACAGUUUGGAUAAUUGCUCAGAUUAAAGAGCUGCUUCCUUUGUAGUUCCUUGUAAUUAGACCUGCUUUUUGAAAAUAAAUUGGUUCAAAGUUUGAA